UUACUCAAUCUCUUUGAUUUAAUAGAUUCUUCAAUCUAUGUUUGCCUGAUUAAACUCUUCAUACCUAUGUUUGAUAUAGUGUUAAUAUUUAUGAAGGAUUCUGAUUCUUGUAAUGAUGUUCUUGAUAGUCCAGGUUUCAGCUGCGGAGGUAUACACACCGCAAGACUUUGUUGUGGAGAAUGGGACUGAAGCAAAGCUUCCAUGCACUUUUGCUUCCACAGAAGUGAUCAGCAGUUCAACUUCUGUCACCUGGAGUUUCCAAGGCGAGGGAUCAUCAUCUCUUGUCUCGUUGUUCUAUUAUUCCAAUGGAAAAGCAUAUCGUGCGAAGAGUACACAAUUUGGUGACAGAAGCAGAUGGGCUGGAGACCUUAACAGAAAAGAUGCAUCAAUCACUAUAGCAAACAUGCAAUUUCAGGACAAUGGAACCUAUAUCUGUGAUGUUAAAAACCCUCCAGAUAUGAAUAUUACACCAGGAAAAAUCAAAGUCAGGGUUAUGGUGAAAGGUAUAGUAAUAAGUGGAUGGAAUGAAAAAUUAAUUAAUGAGUGAUGGAGAAGUUGUGCGUAAGGUGCAUUCUUUCUCUAAAAUUACUGUAUGUAACAAUGCGCUGAAGCAAGUACUUGUUUGGCAUUAAUUAAGAAGUAUGUAUUCAUGUUUCUUCUGUCUAUCUCUUCUAGUAUAUGUAAGAUAAUUUGACUAGGGGCAAAAAUAUUCCUUUCAGAUUGGUUCUGCAAGUUGAACUGGGCUGGGUAGAUAUUAAUAGGCAUAUGAAAUAAUGCUCCAGAUGGUUGCCUACAAACAGCUUGCUUCAGGUGUAGGUAACCUACUAUCUUUCAGGUAUUCAGAUAUAAACCACUGUCAUUCAAUAAAAGUUCAAUAAGCA